UGUGGCGUUAGGGAUUUGUGCGACAUCCGAUGGCGUUUGGGAUUUAAUAAGCUGUCAGCCAAUAAUUGGGUCGUCGUCAAAAUUUCUAUUAGAAUCGUUUCUAUUCCUACAUAUUUUGGCCGAAAAAUCAAAUGAAGCUGUUACGCUGAGGACGUAGCUGCACCAAACCCGCACCGAACUGCCAGCAGCAGAGGGCCUGGCCCCCGAAAACAAUAGAAAUCCCAAAAUCGCAACUGGACUGAACUGGGCAGGAUGUCGAACCUAUCCGUGGGCCAGAUCAUAAUGGAUGCGCAACGCAUGGCCAGUCGGGUGAAGGACCUGGACGCCCUGGGCACGGCGCUGCUCGAGGAGGCGGAGAACAACAAUCGGCUGGUGGAGAGCCUUCGCCAGUAUCAGGACGACAUUGAAUCACUCAACCGGAUUUCAAACAACAAGACCAACGCGGACAUGGUGAAUCGCAUUCAGCAGCAAAACAUCAACAGCUCGGAGAUACUCAAAGAGAAUCGCGAGCUAAAGAUCUUCAUUGAGGACUACGAGCGCGCCAUGGAGCUGAUGAUGCAAAAGUAUCGCGAGCACACCGUCUCCAAGGUCCUGGACAGCAAGUUUAGCUUUAAGGAGCUGUACAACGAACGCAUGUGGCAGGUGAUCCGGGAGCAGCGCGAGAAGAUCAACGAAAUGGCAGCUGUGAUGCAGCUAGCAGCCAGUGUGGACGACGGUGUCGUGCAGCGAGAGCUGCAGACCAUAUCCCAGCUGCGUCUUGAGAACGAAACGCUCCGUGAGCUGCUGCAAAUCUCCAAGCAGUACGGCUCUUCGCAGCGACCGAUUCGUGAGAGCGACCACCUGCUGGAGGAGAAGGCUGUGCAGACGGACAGUACGGCGGACGACUCCGCCGACGAUCUGUCCAUAUCGGGUGCCUCGGUGGAAAACAUGAACAACAACUCGGUUAUCCAGAUGUACAGCAGUCCGGAGCAGCCGGCUAAGGUCGCCGCCGCCACGAACUCAUUCACCACUGCCCCAGUGCAUAGUCAAAGUGAGACACAAGCACCAAAUGUGACAUUGGAGACGGCGCUGCCGGGGGAAGAGCCGUUGGCGAAUGAUAACAAUAACGGACCUGCAGUCAACACAACCAGUGCGCCGCUGCUAGCGACGACGUCAAACGAAUCUGUCGAGGAUCAGGCGACAGUAGCGCCCGCAACAUGAUAGGUGCUGAUGCGCAACGUUGUUGAUUCGUUUGGUCUUCAUUUGAAUCGUAUUUACUCACCCACUCACAAAACAGGCCGCGCACCAAGAGGGCCCACAUAACCUGCAUUAGCUCUUAGCGAUUGAUAAUCUCUAAGUAAUUUAUACAUAAUACGCAUUUCAACAUAUUGUCCAUACGCAUUGAGAACAAUGAAGUUUAUUAUUUAAAACGAGGUAAACACACUCACACACACACAAAUGUAAUGUACAAUGUACCCUGUCGAUUUUAUGGUUUGCUAAAUAAAUUCCAAAACAAAUCGGGGAAUAACCAAAGGAAUGAGCAUAUUUAAUUUAAUAUACAAAUGUAUUUCAGUAGUGUAUUUAAAUAAGAUGUAACGUUGCUUUAGAUUGCUACUCCGUAAGCUACAUAAUUCUUAAGAUAUUUCCAUUUCUCAAAUGAUGUUACGAGUAGAAUCCCAUCUAUUAUGCGCCCCUCCCAUGAAUUGAAUAUUUUUGUUAGAAGGCUUUUUAAAUUUGGCCAUUCUAAUCCCAGCCAAACAGACAAGCGGUUAAAUAAUUCAUUGGAUAUGACUCAUUGCUUAUCGAGUAAGGCUGAUCAGAACUUGAUAUACACGCAUACUUGUGUGGAGUUUAAAUAUGAAUAAAGUAUAGCCACUAAAAUCAACAUUUGCCACAAUGGUUAUCAAUGGUUAUCGAACAGAAGAUUCAUGAUAUAGUCAUGUUAAUUUUCAAAAAAUCAACUUAUUACACAAUGAACCAAGUUGAACAGAAUCUGCCAUGAGAAUGCAAACCAGCAGUAAUAGCAAUAACUUUAGAAGCUUAAGAUUCCAAAGGCAAAAUAUUAGGUUCACAAAAUUAUGAAUAAUCUGAUAAUUGUAUUGUUUAAGUUUAAUGUGGUUAAUAUUCAAUAUGAGUUGAAUUAGGAAAACCAAUGUUUUGAAUAGAUAUUAUUGAAUACUCCUUAGUCACCAAGUGUUUUUUUUUUAAUUCUUUCAAAUACAUUUUUGUAAUUUCGAUAAAUAUGGAACCUUAAGUGUAAAAGUAAUAUUAUAUUGAUAGCCGUAAAGAUUUAUGGCUGAAACUUUCAAUUGGCUUGGACUUGAAUAUUUUUGAAUAAUUUUCGAAUCGCUCUCAUCGAUUCUCUGCGCGAAAAUAUCAGUUCUCUUGAGGAAAACACUUUUCUCGCACGACUGGUGGUAGUUGAAGCUUUCAGAAAUAAUUUAAAUUUAGUUUCUCGUCGAUUUUCAACGCGUUCGCAACCGAAAAAAGUGCCAAGGAACAGCGCCCGGUUCGCAUGGCAGCCAUCUAUAUAAGUAUUUCGAGUGCUCGGGCAAUCGACGGUUAUAUUAAAGCUAUAUAAAUAUAUAGGCACAUACACGCUGGCCUUUGUACAUGAAUGUGAAUCGGGUGAAAAAUUGAAAACUGCCUGGAUCGCCUGGUUAAUAUAAAGAUAUAUCCCUCUAAUAAUAAGCUAUUGAUCCAAAUCUAACCAUAUUUCCGGAGUCUUGCAUUUGAAAAUCGCCUGGGAAGAUUUAUGGGAAGUGCGCUGCCAUUUAGCAAGAAGAAAACUAUGCUAUUUUUAAAACACAGCCAAUUUCUGUGGCCGUAAAUGUUUUGUAUAAAGUGAAUAUUCCAAAAUUAAAUCAACCAACCAGCAACCAAGUGUUUGUGUGUGUGAAAGAAAAGGCUUCUGGGACUCGAUCCCUGUGAGAAUCUAUGUACAUCCCCAUGCUCCAAACUGCUGUAUAAUCCGUGCCGAAACGCACUGAAUCCCGGCGGUUACGCAACCAUCGACAUCCACAUCCAAGAGGCUGGCCCCAUUCCCCGUCGUCCAGCCGCAAAUUAUUCUAAAUGCGGAAGUAUUUCGU